AUGAGAGGCGAGAUGAAAGAAGAGACGAUAGAAGAGAUGAUAGGGGUGGUGAUCGAAGAGGUAACCGAAGGCCGGGAGAUCAAGAGGUCAAUGGUCCUUAUCGUCGUCAACAACCUCCACGGGGGGUCUAACGAUGAGCCUUACACACAUCUUGCGGAAUUUUCUUCGGUUUGUAAUACUAUUGGGGGACAUAACUUUGCUCUAGAAGAAGUCAAACUUCGCUUAUUCCAAUUUUCACUAAAGGAUAAAGCGAAGCAGUGGUUUCUUACACUCCCGGCAAAUAGUAUACGCACUUGGGGAGAAAUGCAACAAGCGUUCCUCGAUGAAUACUACUCAAUGGCGAAGACCGAUGAUGCUCGUGACGAAAUUAGGUCUUUUCGCCAAUUGUCGGGCGAACCGUUACAUGAGGCCUUUACAAGAUUUAGAGAAAUGAUGCGAAGAUGCCAUCAUCAUCAAAUCGAAAAGUGGGAGUUAGUUAAAUGCUUUGUGCGGGGUCUAGAUGACAAUACAUGGAACCGACUUGAAUCCACGAGCAACGGGACCCUUCUAAGCAACCAUGAAGACGAUGAUUGGGAGUUUUUGGAACGAAUGAGCAAGCGCUCAAAAGAGAAAGAAUCGGCCGACCGAGCCAAGAAGCAUCCUGUUUCCCGGUCACUUCCCGAUCUUGAUUCUAAAGAUCGGAUUUCUACAUUAAAGCGGGAAAUGGCUCGAAUGAAGAAGAAAGAAGUAAACGCGGUUCAAUUUGAAGUAUGUGAAGAUUGUGGUGAUAUUGGGCAUAGAGCGGAACAAUGUCCAACGGGGUGGAAUGACUACACCAAAGAACUUACCAACUCACAACAAGCUCUUACUAAUUCAUACCAAGAGUUCAAGGCCGAAGUGAAGAAAGAGUUCGAAGUGAAGGAUAAAUCUCAAAAGGCAUUAGAGAAGCAAGUUGGGCAACUUGCUCAAGAGAUGGCUCAAAUUCGUGGAAGUGGAGGAGGACUUCCAAGUGAUACCACGGUGAACCCUAAGCACCAAGGGUCGAACUCGAGGAACACACGUGAGGUACCAAUUAAUCAAAUUUCUUUGCGUAGUGGUCGAGUCAUAGAUAGUGGUGUCGAGCCACCAUCACCCAAAAAAAUGAUGAAAUUUAUGGAACUUUUAUAA